UGGCUUCAAAUUCCUUUCCCAUCUUGCACAAAACAGAAUAUGCUUGCCAGCUUUAAUCUUCUUGGAAGUUUCACUCUCUUUUGUUACAUAUAUCUCAUUAUUCAAUCUAUUCUUGAAAAAGAUCGUAAUGGGGAAUUGUUGCACAGUCCCUUCAGCAAGAGAUGUCUCCAAAGGAAAAAGGGCUUUGCCAAUCGAAACCGCCUUCAGGCUUCCCUCUCCAUUACCGGCAUGGCCAGCAGGUGAAGGCUUUGCAAGUGGAGCUAUUGAUCUUGGUGGAAUGCAUGUAUGCCAGGUAUCAUCUUUUACGAAAGUUUGGGCCACUCAUGAAGGGGGGCCAGACAAUCUUGGGGCUACAUUUUUUGAACCAUCAUCAAUACCAGAGGGAUACUACAUGCUGGGCUGCUAUGCCCAACCCAACAAUGGGUUGCUUUUCGGGUGGGUUCUUGCAGCAAAAGAUGACACAGGUGGGGCUUUGUUAAAACAGCCAAUCGAUUACACCCUUGUUUGGAGUAGUGAGUCUUUGAAAAUCAAGCAAGAUGGGAAUGGUUACAUUUGGUUGCCCAUUGCCCCUGACGGCUACCAGGCUGUGGGCCAUGUUGUCACGAACACUCAAGACAAGCCUUCCCUGGAGAAAGUACGUUGCGUUCGAUCUGAUUUUACCGAUCGAAGCGAGAAUGAUGCACGGAUAUGGGGACCGGACAAGGGAAUCGAUACAAAAGAAUUCAACGUCUUCGGUUCAAGGCCCGUCAAUGGAGGAUCUCAAUACAUGGGUGUUUCCGUGGGUACAUUCGUUGCUCAAAAUCCUAAUGCUGGCUCCACUGCACCUCUAGCAUGCUUGAAAAAUGUCAAAUCUAAUUUAUCUUGCAUGCCUAAUCUACGCCAAAUUGAGACAUUAUUUCAGGCUUACUCUCCUUGGAUUUAUUUUCACCCCGAUGAAGUCUACCUCCCAUUAUCGGUCAAUUGGUUUUUUGUCAAUGGGGCAUUACUGUACACAAAGGGAGAAGAGUCGAAACCAGUUUCAAUACAACCAACGGGUUCAAACCUUCCCCAAGGCGGUUCAAACGAUGAUAACUAUUGGUUGGAUCUUCCCAUGGACGAAGCAACCAAGGAGAGAGUAAAGAAAGGAGAUUUGAAAAAGUCUCAAGUUUAUUUGCAUGUAAAACCUAUGUUGGGGGCAACCUAUACGGACAUAGCGAUAUGGGUGUUUUACCCCUUUAAUGGACCAGCAAGGGCUAAAGUAGAAUUCAUCAACAUCUCGUUAGGAAGGAUUGGUGAACAUGUUGGAGACUGGGAGCAUGUGACUUUGAGGGUCAGCAACUUUAAUGGAGAAUUACACAGUAUGUAUUUCUCAGAACAUAGUGGGGGUUCAUGGCUGAAUGCAUCACAACUUGAGUUUCAAGGUGGGAAUAAGCCUUGUACCUAUGCAUCCUUAAAUGGCCAUGCCAUGUAUUCAAAACCUGGCCUAGUUUUGCAAGGAAGUGGAGGGAUAGGAAUUAGGAAUGACACAGCCAAGAGUAAGAUGCUUUUAGAUACUGGCCUCCAAUUUUCAUUAGUUGCAGCUGAGUAUUUGGGUUCUACUCUUACUGAGCCACCUUGGCUAAACUAUUUCAGAGAAUGGGGUCCCAAGAUUAGUUAUGACUUGGAGGAUGAGAUCAAGAAGGUGGAAAAAUUAUUGCCUGGGAAGCUUAAAUCUGCUUUUGAGAAAUUUAUAAAAGGCCUACCCAAUGAAGUGCUAGGGCAAGAAGGGCCUACAGGUCCUAAGAUGAAAGGGAACUGGACUGGAGACGAGGUUUAAAUUGUUAUGAAAUACAAGCAAAAAAUCAUGCUUCUUUAUUCAACUCGACUACGUGGAUCUAUAUAUGAAAGGCUCUCCCUUAUCAAUUAAUAUAAUUCAUGGCAGAUUGGUUUUAA